AUGGUUUCUCGGUCCAGCGACAAGCGAUGCUCGUUUUAUGAUUCCCUACCUGUAUUGGAUGCUUGGUAUCCACCCCAAAUGGACGACAAGGAUCGAAAGCAUCAUAGUGCAUCUCCCUUAUCCAUUCAAUCCAUGCCAUGUCCAGAAACCAUCAUGUCUUCUCGAAGCAGCCCGGAUGGACGACGUUGUGUGUCAUUCUCGGCCGAACCACCCUCGGUACGCUAUAUUGGAUCAAGCGAUGAAGAAGAGCAACAAGCUUUGUUCAAUGAGAUCCAGCGAAAGCACGGAGUGCGUAAUCGAGUCAAGGAUUUUGCCAAAAAGCUCUUGCAUCACCAUAAGCAUCCAAGUUCCAACAAGGUCUAUGCCAUCUAA